UGCAUUGUUAGCUUCUCCUGAUAAACUAAUUGUCUCAGAUUGUCAUUGCAAACAGAGAUCUAUUAAUGGGUCUCACCUCCCCACUGAUCCCUCCUCUGUUCUGCCUGCUAGCAUGUGCCGGCAGCUUCGUCCACGGACACAGAUGCGGUGUCAUCUUAACAGAGAGCAUCAAAACUCUGAACGUCCUCACCGAGAGCAAGACUCCGUGCGCCGACUUGACGGUAGCAGACGUCUUCGCUGCCCCCAAGAACACCAGUGAGAAGGAAACCUUCUGCAGGGCGGCGACCGCGCUCCGGCGAUUCUACAGCCAGCGCCAGGACGGAGUCUGCGGGGGCGCGGCUGCCUUGCCGCGGCUCCACAGCCACCCGCACGUGAUCAAGCUCCUGAAAGGACUGGACAGGAACCUCUGCAGCAUGGCACACGCGAGCCACUGUCCUGUGAGUGAAGCCAAGCAGAGUACACUGAGAGACUUCUUGGAAAGGCUAAAGACGAUCUUGAAAGAGAAAUAUUCAAAGUGUCGGAGCUGA